AUGGCUUAUUCGGUAAGGAAACAUAGCGUUUUGAAUAUUUGUUUACGAUAGUUUCAGAGUCAUCUGAAUUUCUGACUAAUUUACUUUUUAGAUUAAUGUGUUAGAUCUGAUCAAGGCUUGUGAGGCUGAAAGUGAGCCCGACUUUCUUCAGGAGUCGUUUAUCCUCACUGAUGAGCAGAAAGAAGCUGUUCUUCAACAGCGCAUUAUUUUCUGGACGAACGCGAUGACCGAAGAUAUUGAACGUGAGAAUCCAGUUGGAGUUGCUGAUGGCUUCAUGGAUAAUUGGACCGAUGAUCAAGGUCGCCUAUUUAACGAAGACUGGGUCAACGACGAUGGUUUACGCGUGCUCGAACAGUUGCCUGGACCGUCAGAAAACCAGAUUGGUGAAGGGAGCAAGCGAAAGCACGCCAGUGACGACGUCCCGUCAAAACGCCAAAGACCAGAGGAGUAUUUUACAAUCAAAUCGGCGAGACAAGUCAAUGUGAGAAAAUUCAAGACGACAG